AUGUCUUCAAUUGCUGCUUUUACAGCUCGCCGGGCCUUUGCUGCCCGUCCAGCUCUUGCGCGUGCUCCUGUUCGCCGCUAUGCCUCUUCUCCCACCAAAGCUGAAGAAUCCGGCUUGGACAAGGCCCCCAAGCGCGAUCCUGAGCUCUACGUCCUCCUUGGCGUUAUGUCCGGUGCUUUCCUGCUUGCUGGAUGGUACUUUGGUCGCAAGCCCACUUCCGUGACCUCGGAGAGCAACGUCCGCGUCGGCGAGUCUUCGAUGCCUUGGGAGGGUUCUGAAAAGGAGGGCAAGGUCUUCAAGUACCAGUACCACCCUCACGGCGACAAGAGCCAGCCUCUUCGCAAUGCUCCUAGCGCCCUCAACACCGUCAUUGUCCCCAACGUGACUCUACCUGAAGACCUCCACGAGAAGUUCAACAAGUACGGAAAGGAGGAGUACGACUACUAA